AUGGCGACGACUGCCGCCGAGGAACAACAACUACUACUACCACCACCUUCGGAGCCUGCACCAGCUGUGAUUCGCGACCAGUUGGAAUACGAAGAGGCGUUUGAUGAUGAAGAAGAAGACGCAAAUUCCGAGUCCGAGGCGUCCCGUGGUGAAUCCCCACUAGCAGAAGCAGCACAGGAGACGACGGGGCUGACUUCAGCCAACGCCUCAACAAACGUGCUAGCCCGCGUCGUGCACACGCUACUACACCUGAAACGGCGGCACCGCUUACGCCGCGUAGUGCGACAGCUCUCACGGCUCCUCAAACACGCAAAGGUGUGGGAGUGCGUGCACUUUAGCCACCUGCCGGCGUGGAUGCAAGACAACGAGUUCCUUCAUCGCUGGCACCGUCCACCGCUCCCAUCCUUCUCUGCCUGUUUCAAGUCCAUAUUUCGAGUGCACACGGAGACCGGGAACAUUUGGACCCAUUUGCUGGGAUGUUUGGCGUUCAUUGGCGUCGCAACCUAUUUCCUGACGCGGCCAAGCAUUGAAGUGGACAUGCAAGAGAAGCUGGUGUUUGCGGCCUUUUUUGCAGGCGCCAUCUUGUGCCUGGGCAUGUCCUUUGCAUUCCACACGGUGUCCUGCCACUCGGAAUUUGUCGGCAAGCUCUUCUCCAAGCUGGACUAUUGCGGAAUUGCCUUCCUCAUCAUGGGCUCCUUCGUGCCUUGGGUCUAUUAUGGGUUCUACUGCGAAUUCCUACCAAAGGUGAUCUAUUUGACGGUGACACUGGUGUUGGGGCUGUGCGCCAUCACAGUUUCGCUCUGGGACAAGUUUGGGGAGCCAGCGUAUCGUCCGCUACGUGCCGGCUUGUUCAUUGGCUUCGGUCUUUCCGGAGUGAUCCCUGCUUUGCACUACCUCUGUACUGAAGGCUGGGUCAAGGCAGCUACGGAAACAGCAAUGGGCUCUUUGGUCCUCAUGGGGGCUCUGUACAUCUCGGGCGCCCUCUUGUAUGCUUGGCGCGUACCCGAGCGUUUCUUCCCGGGCAAGUGCGACGUGUGGUUUCACAGUCAUCAAUUGUUCCAUGUGCUCGUCAUCGCUGCUGCCUUUGUCCACUAUCGUGGCAUCUCGGAAAUGGCCGUGUAUCGACUCACCAACGGUGUCUGCAGUGUUUGA